CAGUACUAGGUAUGUAGCAUUUCAACAAGGAAGCUCUGCAGCCUUGCCUUCUGAACCUUUGCAUACCCAAUUAUUCCUUGUUAUUUUAUCCACACAUUCCAUAUCCAAAAGUUGAUUAACGUCGUUUAGAAUCUACCCCCCUUCUCCUUGAUAACGCUACGCUAGAGAUUAUCAUACACUGUUUGCGAGUUUGGGGUUAUGGUGUCUUUUAACCCUCCUCUCAACAAUGCUCUCUUAAGGUUAAGGUGCUGUAGGAAACUUCCCGCUGCGCAUCUGCCUUAGGCACCUCAUUUAGAGCUUAGGUCUCUCUUCCUCCCUUUUUCUCUUCUUUCUUUCCCAACUUCAUAAUACAAGUUGCUCCCGACGAAUAUUACGGAUCUGCUACUCAGCCACUGCCAACCUCUUCGAAACUCGAAUCACACAAGCACGAACUUAAUUAAACCCGAAGCGUGAUUAGACCAUGGCCGAUUCUGAUGGAGAAUACCAAGCUGAUGACGCCUCCGAUGACGAGUUCGGGAACCACCAGGUAACAUCUGGCACGCGAAACGAUGCACGAUCGCGGAAUCGCACUGAAAAGGGCAAGAAGAGUGUCCGAAAAAAUGCUAAAGCCGCCUGGGAAGAUAUUCAACGAUCAUGGGAUACUGUCGUCGAAGAUGCCGACGGCACGCUCGCAGGAGCUAUCGAGGGCCGCGCCGAAGCGGAGAAACGUGCGCGGUUACUAAAGGACACGACGCCUUUGCAACGUGGUAUAAUACGACAUCUUGUUUUAGUUAUCGACAUGUCCUUCGCCAUGCUCGAGAAGGACUUGCUACCCAGCAGAUACGAGUUGACCAUGGCCUACGCCUCCCAAUUCGUUAGAGAAUACUUCGAGCAGAAUCCCAUCUCCCAGUUAGCGAUUAUAGGCAUGCGAGACGGCGUCGCGGUCAGGAUAAGCGAUAUGAGCGGGAACCCAGCAGACCACUUGGAGAAGUUGCAGGGUUGGGUCAAGCAAGACCCUCAGGGAAACCCAAGUCUACAGAAUGCCUUGGAGAUGUGCAGGGGUGCACUAUACCACACACCGUCGCAUGGAACGAGAGAGGUCGUGAUAGUCUACGGCGCAUUAAUGUCCAGCGAUCCGGGAGACAUACAUGAGACGAUCAAUGUUUUAGUCACCGACAAAAUACGCGUAUCUAUCGUCGGCCUCGCCGCGCAAGUAGCUAUCUGCGACGAGCUCUGUUCGAGGACAAAUGGAGGAGAUAACUCCAGCUAUAGUAUAGCUUUACACGAGGAGCAUUUUAGAGAGUUGUUAAUAGCCAUCACGACGCCCCCUGUCACGCGGACCCAGGAGCAGAGUAAUGCAAGCUUACUCAUGAUGGGUUUCCCCUCGAGGACUCUAGCGGCCGGUGGUAGUAUCCAUUACUGCGCGUGCCACAACCGACCAACACGCGAAGGUUACGGCUGUACGCGCUGCGGAUCUCGCGUCUGCAGAUUACCAGCAGAAUGCCCUGGUUGUGGACUGACGCUCAUCUUAUCCACACAUUUAGCUCGGUCAUAUCACCACUUAUUCCCACUGCGCAACUGGGUCGAGGUGCCGUGGUCAGAAGCUAAGCGAUCCAAAGCCUGCUACGCGUGUCUGACGCCGUUUCCCGAACCGCCCGACCCCAAAAAGGGCAAAGGAAAGAUUACGAUCAAGGGCAAGGAGAAGACCGGCACCGCCCCGAUACUCCCGCCCCUCAAAGGUCUUAGCGAGUCUAGUAGGUACGCGUGUGAGGUCUGCCGAAACCACUUCUGCAUCGACUGCGACCUCUUCGCCCACGAAGUCCUGCAUAACUGUCCCGGGUGUCAGAGCGAUACCAGGGACAUUAAAAACGGUGACGCAGCUGCUACCGCCGGCACCAGUAGCAGUAAUGGCGCGAAUGGAGAAGCGCUGGGGAAUAAUAGCGCGAUGGAGAUAGAUUCUUAG